CCAACACAAACCAGCAUUCAUGAAUCAACAGACCUUGGGACACAAGUUUCAAUAGAAAAGACUCUUGCCACAGCCCAAAGUUAUAUAGGAUCUCACUCAAGAUGUACAAGGCCAACUGAAGAUGUGUUCAAUCCUGAAGAUAGAAAGAUUCGUGAAGAAAUAAUUCGAAUGAUAAUUCAAUAUCUUUCGGAUGAAGGUUAUACUGCAUCAAAAAUGACUAUUUAUGAUGAAGCUAAUGUGAAUUGGCAUGAGAAAGAAGAACAUGUUGUAGAAGUCAAUCGGUUAAAAAAAGCAAUAUUAG